AAAAAUGCAAAUUAAAAUCAUAGGAAAACAAGAACUGAAAAUUUAGAGGAUUUUCCCUUAGCAUAACACUCAUACGAAAUUUCAUAAAAAUCCCUCCAACUAUUUUCAAGUCAUCAUAUGGGUCUUUCGUCAGUGUUGUUGCGCUAUCAACCAUCACGUUGGUACUAGGAAAUUAGAAAUUAUUAAUUUGGAGUAUUUUCCCGUGGCACAAUAACCAUGCAAAUCUUAGUAUUUUGAUGACGUGUAUAUUGAACCACAGGAAAUCGAACUAGUUCUUAUACAAUUUCUUAUGGCGCUACGAUUCAGAUGUUCUAACGUAACAGUAACGCAGAAAAAUCCCCGAGAAAAUACUGUACACGGUUUCAAAUCUUGGAGGAUCUAUGGAAAUGUAAAUAAGUUUAUUCUAUUCUUGACGUUAAUUCAUUCUCAUGAAUUAUGCACAGAAACUGAAGGCAACCAUUCACGGAGAAACUCAAAGAGACAGAGAAAAUUAACGUCUCAAACGCAUCCUUUCUCGAUCAAUCGUUCGUUUAAUUAACGACCAGAAAACUCUGGAGCGCCACAUCUAAAACGCACCCUUUCGUUUCUUGGCGGUCAUUUUGCUGGUGUGUGUAUUCUUUCGUUGUGUGAUAUAUUUUUGUACAAUUCAAAGUGAAAUGCCGAAGAAUGUGUAUUACUAAAUAUAUAAAUAAUGUAGGAACUGUGUCGUGUUUCGGUUAUACGUUUCCAAUAUAUCUACAUACAUUAUCAAUUUCUUGUAAUGUACGCGUCACGAGACCAAUAUUCCUGUGAAGCAGACAAGUUGCACCAGCACACGACAGCGCUCAUCGUACGUCACCGGUGCGGUCCUCGGCGCAGAACACUUUUUAAGAAGCGGAAACAGUUGCGGGACGUCCUGAGCGAGAGUCGCCAUCUUGCCGAUCACGAACGACCUCCGAUUCUUCUUUGGAGGACGCCUUCUUGUCUGACAGUCACGACACAAGAGUGAACCAGAUGGUGGGCCCCGACGGAGCACGGAGCGAUCAGCAGCACUGACGUGGGGCAGCUGGGUGAUGUCAGAAGGUCGAGACUGACAUGGCUAUGAGAGCUGGAGUCUAGCAGGAGACAGUGAUUUUUAGUCUCAGACUUCACAACAAUGCUCCAUCGGACGUCAUCGCGAAGGCGCAGAGCGUCUCGCAGUGCUGGAAGCAGUUCGGCGAGCUCUCCACAGAGGGGGACACUUCCAUCCCGCUCCACAAGAGGCAGCACCAAUACCAAUGCGAGGGCACGUCGAGCGAGUGUUGCUGUGGGAGCCUCUGACAGCCGAAGCUCGACAACGGAGUACGAAGGCGGAGGUGUCUCCCCGAAUAGAAGCCCGCGAGGCAGUAUCGGAGGCGAUGUCGUCUCGGAACCAAACCGGAGUCCCAGACACAGUCUCGUCCCGGAAACGCCCAGGACGAGUCCCAGAAACAGUUUGAUCCCCGAUCAGAAUCGAAGCCCAAGAAACAGUUUAAUUCCGGAUUCGAACCGGAGUCCAAGAAAUAGUUUAAUUCCGGACUCGAACCGAAGCCCAAGAAACAGUUUAAUUCCGGAUUCAAACCGGAGUCCAAGAAACAGUUUAAUUCCGGAUUCAAACCGGAGUCCAAGAAACAGUUUAAUUCCGGAUUCAAACCGGAGUCCAAGAAACAGUUUAAUUCCGGAUUCAAACCGGAGUCCAAGAAACAGUUUAAUUCCGGAUUCGAACCGGAGUCCAAGAAACAGUUUAAUUCCGGAUUCGAAUCGGAGUCCAAGAAACAGUUUGAUUCCGGAUUCAAACCGGAGUCCAAGAAACAUUAUAACUCCGGAUUCAAACCGGGGUCCAAGAAACAGCUUGACUCCGGAAACGUUUAACCGGAGUGCAAGGGGAAGCCUGAUACUGGAAGGAGGAGGUAGGAGGAGUCCACGGGGAAGCAUCGUCUCUGCUGCUGGAAUAGUAGAGGCCACUUUGGAGCGUGGUCCUGGCUUCUUGGACACAGAGCUGCCAGGCACGUCCCGUGGUACAGAGAGCCUCACUAGGAGCCUUUCCCCGUACAGAAUGUCCGUGUCUGCUAGGGGAGCUCAGAUAAACCUUGGAUACAGCGGCACGUCCUCCUGGACAGACGUCGAAUCUCGACGAGCAAGCAGUAAUGUCAGCCAGGUGUCUGCUGACGACAGGCGCCAUUUGUGUGAGCGCACGAAACUCACCUCUGAUAUGGGGCUCACUGCCUGCGGUUCUGUGGUCUUUCAGCUGAAGGACGCCAACAUGGAAGCUUCAGGAACCUGUGACUUUGUGUGCCGGGCGCUACGUAUCGUGUACAAGACAGUUGUGGUCACAGUGGCGCUGGUGUGUCUGACGUCACUUCCGUUGAUAAUGCUCAUCAUGGGGGUGCAGUUUCUGCGGGACUGCCCCGUGGAGCCUCACGUUCCAGUGUACAUGCUGGUAGGCGGAAGUUUCGGCACGCUCAAGAUGCUGUGGUUGCUAUGGAGACAGAUAAGGUCGCGGCGUUACGAGCUCCUGGACCUCACAACUCCCGUCUCGAGUAUGGACGACGGCGCACUAACGCCAUCUGCUGGUACGCGGGUGGUGUCAGCGGCUCUGUCCCUCUUCCUCGCCGUUUGGUUUGCGCUGGGGAACUACUGGGUCCUCCACAUCGCCUGGCCCGAGUACGAGCCGACGCUGUUCGAACCCAACAGAUGGUGCCACAAGACGCUGUACCUGUUUGCACUAGUUCACCUCGCUGUCGUCUACUCUGUGUUGGCGCUGCUGUUGAUUGUUACCGUCACGUUCUUUUGUUGUCAGUUGUUAGCGUGUCCUUUAUUUAUCCGGUAUAAGUAGGACAGGGGCCCGGGCCCUCGGCCGACCUUACUCGUAGAGGACACUGCAGUGUGAUUAUGCUUUAUCGGCUUGUGCUCUGAGUCUUAUUCUUCCAGUGGGUAGUCAGUGUCAAUUUGUUGGUAAUUCUGAAAUUAUACCGCUUUUAGGAGCUGAAAUUUCGUUUAGAAAAACUACGGGAGUAGCCAAUUAAAACCUAAUUGUUCUAUUUAAUUGCAACGGCAUGUUCUACAGAAAUUAGAAAUGGCCGUAAUAUAUUAUUCAUGUGUUUUUGUAUUUAUAAGUGUUCCUUCAUUGUCAGACCUCGUGGCUUUUGGCUACAAAUAAUUUUUACGUUUGAAGAUUACAGCUCUCAAACUUUCGUACUUUUUCGGAAGAUAAAUUGCGGAUUGGUUUAUUAUUUACAUCUGAUAAUGGAAUACAGGUUCGCGAUUUGAUUGUACGCGUUUCAGAUACUGAUGACCUUGAAAUUUCAAAUAAAAUGUUUCGUUAUUAAACGAAUUUUAGUGUUUUAAAUUCGGUGCCAUCUUACGGAAUAUCUGGGAACUGCUACCGCCUGUCAGUUAGUUGCCCAGUUCCUCGUUUCUCACCGCGUCGCUGGCUACGCAACAAUGCGUCUUGUUCGUGGCUACAAUUGUGAAAGGUUUGACUAUGAAAUGUUUUAUCAUAGAAACAAGCGAACAACGAAAGGACGUGUUUUUUUUUUAAAUUUUCUGUUCAACAUCUCUUCCUGCUGUCUUUCAUCGAAAGUGUAGAAUUUUACGUGACGUAAACUGAGUGUAGUGAUCUUUGGUUUCCGUCUAAGAACUGUACCAUAUGUAUCUCAUUUAAGAUGUUUACAGUUAAACAUCUUUGCGGUAAAUUUACUGUUAUGUCUGUACAUAAUUCCCUCAUUAUGGUCAGUGCAGAAUUUGAAAGCCCGUAGCAUCCAUUAGAGUUUCUGCACGUUAGAAGUGUACGAAUGCACGAGUUUAUAUGAAAUUAUGGAAAUUAAUGACUAAAUUGGUGCAUUUAAAGAAAUAUAUUAAAAUUCCGACGAUGUGUACAUAUCUUGUGACGUACAUAAAGUACAUAGUAGUAUUCUGAAGUAUAGGAAAUUUCGCCUGUAGGGAUUUCUGAUAUCAAUCAUGCUGAAACACCAAGAUUGUAAGCGUAAUAGUUCUGAUUUGUUUCAGUGUUGUAUUAGAGUGUGUGUGUGUGUGUGAGCUAGUGAAUUAGGGGCUUAAUUGUUUUACUGAAGGACCCGUAGUUCGAGUAGAAAACUUGGUCUACUAAAGAGUGAUCACUCUGUAACCAGUUAAUAUUUCUGGGGACCGAAGGAAUUACGGACCAUUCUGUAGAUAAUUUAUCUAGCCGUGUCGUACUCUAAUUCGUGUGUCAAUCAAACAUAAAAGAGAAUUAAUACAAUAGCAGUUGGUAUUACUGACCAAAUUGUGCAUUAAAUAGAUCUAGUUUAUUAUUGAAUGUAAUAGAAAAAAAUUGAUGGUGAAUAUUUAGGGAGUAAUUUAUAAAGAGAGGACCAAAUAAAACAGAAUUGUAGGAUUUAAUGAAGGAAUGCUUAAUUAGAUUUUUAUAAUAGACUGGUUAGAAAAGGAAUUAAAGUGACCGUCUGUAUCUUAUAUCAUGCAACAAAUCAAUUAUAUAGACUCCGUAGGUUUAGCGUUAAUGUACAAUGUGCAAGAUGAAAUAAUUAAUGAAUUCGGUUUUGUAAUUUAUGAAGGGAAAGUCGUAAUGGUAUUUGUGCGAUGUCGUCAGUCUGAGAAUUUUUACGCUGUAGUAAUAUCCUCGGAUUUAUUCCACUGCGGACUCGUCUCGACUUAUAUUAGUUAGUGAUUAUCUAACAAACUUUAAAAUAACGGUAACGUAAUGUUAUCAAACAUAUUCUGGCUACUUCUACACGAAAUAAAAAUUUUAUUCAACUAAUCUUUUCUUGCGCACGUAACGUGAUAACUAAUGAUGCAGAAUUUAAUUAAAUUAUUGGAUAUUUAAAUUUAAUUUAUAUUUAGGGUGAAAUCUGCGACGGUUUGAGUGUUGACGAGCGGUACGAGGCACUGGAAUCGGACGUGACGUCAUAAUCUUCGCACUGUGUAAUUCAGAUAUCGCAGAUAAACGAGCCGAGUUUACAAACAGCUGAGGCCGCAAAUUGCAGUUUUGAAACAGUUGUUAAAUGAAAUAAUUAUAAAAUACGAGAGUCAGAAUUUUGUAAUCACAUGCCAUUUGAAUUGUCACUAUGACGUAAAAUUUGGGCUUGUGAAGUGUCAUAUAGUCUGUGACCUGUGAAUGAAUUUCAAUCUGGAUUCGCAGACCGUGAAAAUGAAAACGCCAAGAAUAUUUGUCAGGUGUGAUAAUUCUCAGGAUUUAGGAAAGAGGCGUCUUGAGAGAAAGGUUAGAUUUUCCUCUGUCGUAUGAGAUCGAAGGAGCCAACAUUGCCAUUUGUGUUUGAAGUUUCGGAACAUUAAGUGGGACAAAUAGAAUGGAAAUGUUGAAUGUAUUUGUAAAUAAUAUGGGUAUUUAGUUUAUAUUUGCUUGCGGCAUGCUGAAGGCUAUAACCCAGCUCACCGUUAAUAUAUAAGCGCAAUGAUAUGGACAGAAUAAGAUACUCGAUAGAUCGCACUUACAGAUUCCCUGUUACAAUUCUCAUAAGUUUGCUUAAUCAGUAAUUAAAAGUUUAAAACAACGAACCUACCAGUAAACAUCUCCUACUAUAGAACAAUAUUACGACUUCCUGUUUUAUUUUUCUGAGUUAUAGAAGUGAUUACAAGAAUUACAGUAUUUUGGUUUAUAACGUUUUACCCGUGGGAAAUUUUGUAAGAGACGUUACCUGUUGGCAAACAUGCAUCGAAAGUCCAUGAAUAACAAUGUGACAGUGGACCUAAUGCAACGUAAAGAGUGUACAUACAAUAUAUA